AUGGAAAAAGAUAUCUCUACUUUUUUUCAUCCAUCAUGCAAUAUUGGAGGAAAUGAAUCCUUCUCUAAAUCCGGCAUGAAGAUUAAGAGGCUUAAAAUAUUUGGUUUUGAACUUGAUCCUUGUCAAAAAUAUAUGAAGGGGGAAUUAGGAGAUCGUGAGAGUGUGAAUUCAUCAUGUUCCACAAUUUCAGCAGGAAGAGAAAAACAACCUUCAAAUGAUGCAAAAGACGACGACCCAACGGAGAAGAAGUUUGAGUGCCACUAUUGUUUAAAGGAUUUUUCAAAUUCACAAGCAUUGGGAGGUCAUCAAAAUGCUCACAAGAAGGAAAGGAUGAGAAAGAAAAGGCUGCAGCUUCAAGAAACAAAGGCCAGACUCAGCUAUUAUCUUCAAGCUUUUCAAAGUAGUAAUAACAAUAUCACUAAUUAUCAUGGCUUGACUUCAUCACCAUAUUUCUCCGAUCCUAAUUUGCGCUAUGAUUCUUCCAAUCUGUUUACACUGUUUGAAGAAUCCAAUAUUAGCUUCAGCUCUUAUGAUCAAGAUUCCCAAGAAUCAUGCACGUUUACCCUUACACAUGGAAAACGAUCUAAAGAGAAGCUAUCAAGUUUGCCCAAUUUAGCUUCUAAGCAAAGAUGUAAACCUUUAGAUCUUGAGUUGGGAUUGGGCUAG